AUGUUCAGCACUUAUCAGAAAAGCAAGACUCAGGAGAAGCUGUUCAUGGGAAACACUGCAGUCUCCAAGAUUGAAGGCCACAGCAAUGUGGUUUUGAAGAUGACAUCAGGACGUGAAGUCACUCUGACGAAUGUGAAGCAUGUGCCUGACUUGAGGAAGAACUUGGUCUCGGGAACCUUGCUCAGCAAGAAUGGAUUCGCCACAAGCCUUGAGGCGGACAAACUCUUGAUUAAGAAGAAUGGGAUGUAUUUGGGAAAGGGGUAUGUUAAGGAUGGACUUGUCAAGAUGAAUUUCCGGAAGCAAUCAGAGCGGUUCGGCACCGAGAUUUUCACGGAGACAGUCACCAAGGUCGAUAUGUCCUCGAGGCUGUUCAAGCUCUUCACCGAUUCGAGAACUGUGCUCGCCGACGCCGUCAUCUCCACCGGAGCUGUCGUGGAACGGCUGAGCUUAAUCGGAUCUGGCGAAGGCGCUGGUGGUUUAUGGAACCGAGGGAUAUCGGCAUGUGCUGUAUGCGACGGCGCCGAUCUGAUCUUUAGGAACAAGCCUCUGGUAGUUAUCGGCGGCGGAGACUUGGCGAUGGAGGAGAUGAAUUUCUUGACCAAGUAUAGAUCUAAGGUUUAUAUAAUCCACAGAUGCGAUACGUUCAGAGCGUUGAAGAUCAUGAAGCAGAGGGUGUUGUCGAAACCUAAUAUUGAAGUGAUUUGGAACUCUUCGGUGGUGGAGACGUAUAGAAAUGAAAACGGGAAAGGUGUGCUUGGUGGUUUGAAGGUGAAGAACGUUGUUACUGGUGAUGUUUCGGAUUUGAAAAUGUCUGGGUUGAUCUUUGCGAUUGGUCAUGAGCCGGCAACGAAAUUCUUGGAUGGGCAGCAUGAGCUUGAUGAGUAUGGGUAUGUGGUGACCAAGCCUGGUACCACUAAGACGAGCGUUCUUCUCUGCGAGGCUGUGGAUUUAUAGCUAUAUAAAAGGACCCUCCAGUUCCUAUGCCAAAAUAUACAAAUUUGGAUGUAAUUAGAGUCUUUGUUGAUGUAAAAAACCAUCCGAUUCUCAUAUAUUACAAAGCCUCAGAGUUAUUUGCAAGACAUGUUUUGAUGGUUAUGGCGAAUUCAAUAUGACUGCAGCAUAGAACAAGCCGUUGGUGGGGUGUUUAAGAAAGAGCUCAUCAGUCCGUAUAACAACUUGCUUAGCUGUGGGAUUGUUAUAAAGAUGGUUGUUGAAGGUGAGUAACCAUAUGUUGGAUGGGAGAAGAAGCGAAUAAGCAAGUACAAUUUGAGAAUAUUAUAAUGUAAAUAGAUACAAAUCCAAAUUAUUCUAACUAACCAGCAAGAGCAUAUGAGAAUACAUAUUCUGACAAA